UAAUCAGUCUUAGGCAGCGGCAAUAAGUAUUCCACCAGUCAGAGUAAAAGAUUCAAAAGAUUUUCAAUUGUCGAGGUAAACGGUUGUGCGCAUGUGAGUUAGGAAGUUUUUUGUGAAAAUAUUUAUUGAGUCAAAAAUUUAUUUUAUUUUGAUUUUGUAAAAGGACACAAUUAAUCAAUAAAUAUUUUAAGUGGUGUUUUCUUAAAAGUGUGCUAUAAAAAACAUUAAAACAAAAUAGUUUGUGAAGUCGUAGUGAAAAAUAUAAUGUUUCCUAUUUUUUAAAGCAGAACUUAUUUAAAAACCUAAAGACUGUUUAAAAAACUAACUUUUUUUCUACGAAAGCUUAUUUCCUGUUCUGUAAUUUUUUGUGUAAAUAUUUGGUACCUAUAUAAUUCUUGUUUUGUGAAUAUUGCAUCUUCAACAUCUCAGUGAAAUAGAGAAACAUAUUGUUUUUGCUGAACGCCACUUUCUCUUUAAAUUAAGUUUAGUAGUUGAGGUUCUGUAAGCUACAUUGAACGGAUUUAAGCUCCUUCGAUUUGAACUGAUAACCAAGCGGAGCAGAAAACAAUUAAGAGUCGCUUUAAAUACGCUGCAAAAACUAUAAAUACUCUAAACACCGAGAGCAUAACUAUCCCACACGAACAAACAAAAAACUCGCCAACCGAAAUGAUGAACGAAAGCACAGACGUCUCAACUUCGGUGAGUACGGUAAAACCAGCCAGCAGCUAUAUUUCUACCUCGCUCACCGAACCGAUAAAAUUGCGUAUCGGCACAGAGGGUAUCUCCGCCCAAGAACCACAGACCAUACCGCAAUACUUUCAUAAAACCUGCACGCGUUUUCCCGAGCAGCCGGCGCUCGUCUACGCCAAUGAGCCGAAAGAUCCAAAUACCGUCUGGACAACUGUCACCUACAAACAAUUUGAGCGUCAUGUGGAACAGGCAGCACUUAUGCUCUUGCAUGUUGGCCUACGGCCGCGCACCUCUAUUGGCAUAUUAGCUUUCAAUUGCCCCGAAUGGUUUUAUGCCGAAUUGGGCGCCUUAUGCGCUAACGGCGUUGUAUCGGGCAUAUACCCGAGCAGUUCACCGGAGGCCGUGCGGCAUGUGCUUGCAACGUCACAGGCCACCGUCUGCGUUGUUGACGACGCAACGCAACUGGCAAAGGUGCGCCAAGUCAAGGAUCAGCUGCCGCUUUUAAAUGCGGUUAUCCAAUUACAUGGACCAUUCGACGACUUUGUCGGUAGCGAGGAGGGUUACCAUCGUUGGGCAGACUUGUUCGCUUUAGAAUUCGAUAAUGAACAGCGCGAGGAAUUGGCGCGUCGUGAACGUGCUGUCGCCGUAAAUGAAUGUGCAUUGCUAAUUUUCACGUCUGGAACAACGGGUCUGCCCAAAGCUGCAAUGCUCUCUCACGACGCCGUCAUCAUGAAUUCCUUAUGUGUUAAUGCUGCACUGUGUAAACAGGGGAAACUUGCUGAAAGAGUAGUUUCUUAUUUGCCUUUGAAUCAUAUUGCUGCCCAGUUAUUUGACGUCUAUUUGAGUUUAGAUAAAGGUAGUUGUGUAUAUUUCGCCGAUCGCGAUGCACUUAAAGGCACACUCAUGAAGACCUUUGCUAAGGCCCGCCCCACUUGUAUAUUCGGUGUGCCACGUGUGUACGAAAAGAUACAGGAACAGCUGACAAAAGUCGCUUCGAAAUCGUCGAGUCUUUCACGCUACACAAUGGAUUGGGCAAGGCGUGUCACCCUGGAACACUAUUUAAACAAAAAUGGUGCAACAAGCUAUUCGUUGAAAUUGUGGCUGGCAUCAAAGAUCACGCACCAAGUUAAAGUCGCUCUGGGAAUUGACUGCUGUAGCUGGAGAAUUAUAGGCGGUGCACCAGUUACAACUGAACUGAAGGAAUUUUUCACAAGCCUAGACAUGCCACUUUUCGAAGCUUAUGGACUAUCUGAAACGGGUGGCGCUGCGGUGAUAAAUCAAAGUUACAACAAUUACACAAGUUGUGGAAAAGCUAUAGAUGGAGUUGAAAUAAAAGUUAAUGACCCAAAUAAAGAGGGGCAUGGUGAGAUUUGUUUACGCAGCCGCUCGACUAUGAUGGGUUACAUCAAUGAGUUGGAGAAAACACAGGAAGUUCUGAAUGACGAUGGUUGGCUCCUAACAGGUGAUUUAGGUUAUCUGGAAGCUGAUGGUAGUCUCGUCAUCACUGGGCGUAUCAAAGAGUUGGUAAUUACAGCCGGCGGUGAAAAUAUACCGCCAGUGCUUGUUGAAAGUCUUGUGAAGGCGGAAUUACCCUGUGUAAGCAACGCCCUGCUUGUAGGCGACAAUCGCAAAUAUCUCAGCAUACUGCUAACACUAAAGACCGAUAUGGAUCCGCACACUGGCAUACCAUUGGAUACGCUCCAUUCCGAUGUAAUUGAGUGGCUGAGAAAUAUGGAUUUCAACUAUACACGCUUGUCGGAGGUUUUAAACAUACCUGUGCAGAUAAACGAAUCUGAGGUUGCCAAAAUUGUGGUAAAACCUGACGCGAAAAUAGUGGAGAGCAUAGAGGCUGCCAUAAAGCGCGCUAAUACACGUGCUCUAUCGAAUGCACAGAAGGUACAAAAGUUUGCAAUCCUACCACAUGACUUCUCAAUACCUACCGGAGAGUUAGGGCCAACACUGAAAUCGUGUCGGAAGGUCAUUCUACAUAAAUAUGCUGCAGUUAUCGAUCGCAUUUACGAAUAAGGUAUUGCUGGCUUUGAAUUCACAUGAAAUAUCUACUCCUUUUUGUUUUUAUGAAAAUACCGAAAACGGUUUUUAAGUCAUUUAGUUUAUGUAUCCUUUCCCUUAAAAAUAAAUGUCUCGCCCAAAUUUA